CAUAUUUAUUGCCUCUAAUUUCCAGUUGAUCUGCAUUAUAUAUAUCAUACCCUGCAGCUAAAAUGAAGAGGACCCAUCAAUUCCUCUUAUUUUACGUUGUGGUGAUCUCCAGUUCUAUGUUUGUUACGCAUUCGUUGAAUUCCUCUGCUACCACUUUCUCUUGUCUUCCUCACCAAACCUCUGUUUUACUCCAAUUAAAACAAGAGUUCGCUCUAAAGAAGCCUGAAAUUGAUUCAUUUCUUAGCUUUUAUAGUAGUUAUCCGAAGAUGAGAUAUUGGAAGGCCGGUAGCGAUUGCUGUUCGUGGGACGGAGUCACAUGUGAUAUGGCAAGAGGUCUUGUUGUGGGCCUAGACCUUAGCAGCAGCUGCCUUAAUGGGCCGUUGCGUUCUAAUAGCAGCCUUUUCAGGUUGCUGCAUCUCCAUAAGCUCAACCUUGCAUUCAAUAACUUCACCUUAAGCCCCAUCCCAUCUGAGUUGGGCCAGCUUUCCAGGUUAACCCAUCUCAAUCUCUCUUCCUCUGAAAUUUCUGGGUAUAUUCCAUCUGAAAUCUCAAAGUUGACAAAUAUUAUGUCAUUUGAUCUUUCUGAUUGUUUUGAUUUGUACGUAAGAGAAGGGGAGCUCGAAAGGCUUAUCCAGAACAUGACCAAUUUAAGACUCCUUAACCUGGAAAGGGUGGAUCUUUCUUUUUCGCAGCUGCCUCAAUCCAUGGCAAACCUCUCUUUCUUGACGCAUCUCUCUCUUCAUAAUUGCGAUCUGCGAGGAGAAUUUUCACAGAAUAUUUUCCAGUUGCCUAGCAUACAAUCCAUUGAUCUGUCAAAGAACUAUCUUCUUACAGGUUCUCUUCCGGAGUUUAAUUCUAGCAGUAAUCUAAAGUCGUUGGAUAUUUCCUCAACCAGUUUCUCGGGGAAAUUGCCCGAUUCAAUUGGGAACAUCAAGUCCUUGAAUGUUUUACGCCUCAAACAUUCUUUAUCCACGGGAACUGUUCCUUCUUCCCUUUGGAACCUUUCUGAACUCGUAGAGCUCGACCUCUCAUCCAACCAUUUCAAAGGUCAGUUUCCAUCUACUCCAGGGAACCUUCCAAAACUCACUUCACUUGAUCUCUCUAGUAAUGAAUUUGGUGGUGAAUUACCUUCUUCCAUAAAAACCCUCCCACAGUUGCAAUAUUUAAACCUUGGAACGAAUAAAUUCGGUGGUCAAAUUUCAACUUCAUUUGGAAAUCUGACCCAGCUAACCUAUUUGGAUCUUUCAUAUAACCUUUUCCAUGGCAACUUCCCAAAUCCAAAGGCAUUUCCAUAUCUUAUUGAAGAGAUUUAUCUUGGAUACAAUAAUUUGACUUCAAUUCCUUCAUACAAUCUUAACUUGCCCUUCCUUGUUUCUGUUGAUCUGUCAAACAAUUUAUUUACUGGAGUCAUUCCUACUUCUUUAUUUGCAAUUCCUUCUUUGCGAUACCUUUAUUUGGAUGACAAUCAGUUCACAGACUUGGGCAUCUCUAAUUCAUCCAAAUUAGACACUCUGUCUUUGUCCAACAAUUCAUUUACUGGAGUCAUUCCUUCUUCUUUAUUUGCAAUUCCUUCUUUGCGAUACCUUCAUUUGGAUGACAAUCAGUUCACAGACUUGGGCAUCUCUAAUUCAUCCAAAUUAGACACUCUGUCUUUGUCCAACAAUUUAUUUACUGGAGUCAUUCCUUCUUCUUUCUUCGCAAUGCCUUCUUUGGUAUCCCUAUAUCUGGAUGACAAUCAAUUCACAGACUUGGACAUCUCUAAUUCUUCCCAGUUAGAAAGUCUGUCUUUAAAUGGAAAUAGAUUAAGUAGACUUAUUCCAAGGUCCAUAUCCAAAUUGAAAAAGCUGAGAGAACUCAGCCUUGGUUCAAAUAAUUUAAGUGGCAGAGUUGAUUUUGGCAUUUUCUCCGAGCUGACUGACCUUAAGUCUCUUAAUCUUUCAUAUAACAGCCGCAUUUCCAUAGCAAAUACAAGCAAAGAUUCCACUCUUCCGCAGUUUCAUGAUUUAUUCUUAUCCUCAUGCAACAUAAGUGAAUUUCCAAAUUUCUUGAGAACGCAAGAUGAAUUAGAGAACUUAGAUCUUUCCAGCAAUAGGAUUGGGGGUCCUAUACCUAAAUGGUUCUUGAGCGUAAGCAUAGAGACCUUGCAAUAUCUCUAUCUUUCUUACAACUUCAUUAGCGGCUGGGAAGAAAUCCAAUCAUUAAUUCUUCCAUGGAAGGUAUUAGUGGACCUUGAUCUAAGUUCCAAUUUUUUGCAAGGACAACUUGUUGUUCCACCAAUGUCCACCCGACACUUCUCAAUCUCAAACAAUAGCUUGACUGGAAGAAUUGAUCCGUCGUUCUGUAAAUUAAGGAACCUGAUGACAUUUGAUGUAUCAAAUAAUCAUCUGAAUGGCACCAUUCCUCUAUGUUUCAACAGCAUCAACAAUUUGGAAGAAGCUCCAUCUGUUCUUCUAUGGGAGGGAUUGUGGUAUCUUGAUCUACAUUCCAACAUGUUGCAAGGUCCACUUGUUGUUCCACCAAUGUCCAUAACAUCCAUUUUCAUCUCAAAUAACAGCUUCGGUGGAGGAAUUGAUCCAAUGUUCUGUAAAUUAAGGAAUCUUGAAAUACUUGAUGCAUCAAAUAACCUCCUUAAUGGCACCAUUCCUCAAUGUUUGGGUAGCUUCAAUAGUUCUCUUAAAGUACUCAAUCUUCAAGGAAACAACUUCCACGGCAAUAUGCCUCAUACAUGUGGAGAUGGAAGCCAAUUGUUGACAUUGGACGUGAGCCACAACUAUUUACAAGGGAAGAUUCCACAGUCUCUAAUUAAGUGCCAAGAGCUACAAGUUCUAAAUCUGGGCCAUAAUAAUAUGAGUGACAAGUUUCCAUUCUGGCUACCAAAUUUGCCAAAGCUACAGGUUCUCAUAUUAAGUUCUAAUAGAUUUUACGGUCCAAUAUGGCAUCCUCGCAACUUUACGGGCUUUGUGAACUCCCGUAUCAUUGAUUUAUCUUUCAAUGAUUUUACAGGGAGUUUACCAUCAAACUAUUUCAAAAAUUGGACUUCUAUGAUGGAAUCUUCUAAGAAAAACAAGUCAGAGUUGAAAUAUAUAGGUGGGAAUUAUUACCAAGACUCUGUGACUUUGAUGAACAAGGGACAAGAAAUGAAAUUGAUCAAGAUACUUACAAUCUUUGUAGCCAUUGAUCUCUCCAACAAUAGACUUCAUGGGGAAAUUCCAACUACAAUAGGAGAUCUUCAAUCUCUAAUUGUACUUAACUUGUCCAGUAAUUGUUUCACAGGGGCCAUUCCUUCAUCUCUAGGGAAUCUCAGAGAGCUUGAAUCCUUAGAUCUCUCAAACAAUAAGCUUUCUGGUGUAAUCCCUCAACAGUUAAUCAGUCUCACAUUUCUUGGAUACCUGAACUUAUCCGUAAACCAUCUCACUGGUCCAGUACCACAAGGUGGACAAAUCUGGGUAUUUCCAAGUUCUUCUUUUGAGAGAAAUUGGGGAUUAUGUGGUAUUCCACUGUCACAAAAAUGUGGAACUACCUUAACAACUUCACACUUUGAUAAGAUAUUAUCAGACUCACUAUUAUCCGGCUUUACUUGGAAAGUUGUAGCAAUGGGGUAUGUAUGUGGACUGAUAAUUGGAUUGGUCGCAGGUCAUAUCAUCACCUUAAGGAGGCCAAAUUUGAUGUUCAUAAUCUUUGGUGUGCUGCCACAAAGAAGACUAAGAUGAACUGCAGCAACAGUUCGGGUGAUUUUAAUGCAUGUAGCUGAAGUGUGUAAAAAGAUAUAUAUAUAAUAAAAUCAUAUCUGUGUAAUCUUUGUGUUCAACAUAUCCCACAACAAAGUUGUUUGUCAGUCUGCCAGGAACAGGGGUACUUCUCUACUAUGAUUAUUCGUGCAAUUGAGUUAGAUUUUGUAAUCUCCACGGUCAACCAAUUGCAAGAUAUGUAUACUUGUAGUUGUCUUCUUCAAGUGUUAAGAGUUUCCUUCUUUGGUUGAUAUUGUUGUGGAAA